UUUAUUUCUUCACACAACACAUACAUAGUUACAUACAUAUACAUACAUUGAAAACAAAAUAGUGAUUUUCAUCAUGGCUAAGUUUGCUUCCAUCAUCACUCUUAUCUUCGCUGCUCUUGUUCUCUUUGCUGCUUUUGAAGCACCAUCAAUGGUGGAAGCACAAAGAUUGUGUGAGAGGCCAAGUGGGACAUGGUCAGGAGUUUGCGGAAACAAUAAUGCUUGCAAGAAUCAGUGCAUUAACCUUGAGGGAGCGCGACAUGGAUCUUGCAACUAUGUUUUCCCAGCUCACAAGUGUAUCUGUUACUUCCCAUGUUAAUCUUCCAAAAGUAUUUGAUGCUUAAACGUGUGUGUAUCUUACAUAAAAUAAGUCUUUGUCGCUCUACGAGUGACUUUAUGACAUGCAUGUUUAUGUUUUACUGUUUGGUUUGACUUUGUUGUUAUAAACUUACAAUAAUAUAUAAAUUUUAUAUACGUCGUA